ACCACAUUCUCCACUCUCCGUGUCUCCGACCGACUGAACGUAAUGCGCCGGUUAUAGGAGCCGCUUCCAGACGACCAACUGUGUUGUCUCUGGCCCUACAUCCCACCAUAUGCCCCACCCCCUGCGACGCUGCGUAGUUGGCGAUGAGCGCCAGCAAUGUCCGCACGAGCUCCGCCCAUGCCUCCUCCUCGAGUUUGCGACCGCGAGGCAAACGUCUGAUAUCCGGUCUGGACGAGGGCGACGAGACCAGCUUCGAUCCCGACCACUCCAACCUGACACGUAUCGCAUCACCCCUACCUUCUCCAUAUGGCAGUCGACCUGCCUCACCCAUACCUUCAGCACAUCCGCAAAGAUCAGGGACAGGAACACCGCGGCAAUAUGGCUUGGGUUCGACGAGAUCACCGGUCAAGAGAGGAGUGGCAGGCAGUCAGAGGACAACACGGGAUAGUUCACCUUCACUAGCAGGACUAUGGGGGAGUUCAUGGAGCACACUUCAAGGCCUAGCUUCGGAUUUGUUGGGGAGCGAUCUUGCUGCAACCGAUACGACAAAUCGACACCGAUCGAGGCGAACGCAAGGAAAGCUGCACAGCGUGAGAUCACAGUCCACCAACCCUCAGUCGAGUUCAUGGGGACCCUCCGCACCCACAUCCCACCCGCAAUCGAGCAGCAUCGGCUCCGGCACCCGCGAAGAGCAAGCAGCGGCAUUGCGAGCGCAAAAGAGGAUGGACAUGUUGACAAGGCAAGAAAGCAGUUAUGCCACGACUGAUGCAAUGGGAAAGUUCAAACGCCGGCUUUCAGACGAUCGCAAUUCAGUUUCAGCACCGCCGGGAGGAGAGGAGGAUCGAGAAGCGCUGGUUUAUGUGCACCAUGUGACGAAGAACGAUACUCUGGCAGGCAUCACGAUACGGUAUAACAUCUCUGCGAACGCUUUGCGGAAAGCGAAUCGCAUGUGGCCGAAUGAUACAGUGCAAACGCGGCAGAUAUUGAUAUUACCCGUGGACGCGUGUGGUGUGAAGGGCAAGCCGACGUCAGAUGGGUUGGAUCUGCUGGGUGCAGAGAGCGAGAGCUUGUCGAGCAUGCAGGCGGAGGAGGUCCCCACACCCACACAGGCACAGCCUAAUCCUGGCCUGCUCACUACCGGACGAGAUCGUUCUCAAUCAACUUCCACUCACUCUCACGCCGGGUCAAGUGUCGAUACCGAAGCGAAUUGGCAUCACGACUCGUGGGUGCUCCUCCCAGGCAACACCAAACCCACCGAAAUCGCCCGUCUACCACGUCGAGCGUUAGGAUACUUCCCUCCCGCACGCCGGAAAAGUAACGCCUGGUCCGAUGCUGAGACACCAUCCACAUCUCUCGAUCUCAACCGCAAUACAUCCGAUGCAGGUCAUCCGCCACCCUCCCCUUCACGGCAGAACCGACCUCCCCACACCCGGCGCCCCUCCAACGCGAACAACGGCUACUUCCCGUCCUACCUUUCCGGACCCGGCGGCGUCGGCACAAUGUCCCAAUCCGUUCGAUGCCCAGGUCCAGCACAAGACUCGCUGAACAAAAUCUUCGCGAAACAUCUCCCCGACGUUGCUCCGCCUCGCAAUCAGCAAUCUCUCUACCAUCCGGAAGUUCCGCUCUAUACCGACGAGCCUACUCCUCUGACGUCCGGGUCACAUACACCUGCAUAUCCGCACGGCGGAGGUGGUACAGGUGGUAUGCACAUGAAUCUUGAAAAUGUCGGCGGCGCGAUUGAAUCCUGGGUGAGGCGAUUAGCAACAAAGAGCGUCACGACGCCUUCGGCAGAGAGAAGGGCAGCGAGAGCGAGUGUAGGCACGCCUGGAAAGGGAGCGGGUGGAGUGGGAGAUCUGAUUGAGAUGACGGACGAGUUUGAGAUUGGAGGAGAGGACGACGAUCUAGAUGAGCUGGGAAGGGGAAGGCAGGGGAGCGUUGGCGUGGAUGGUCAGGCUGGAGGAGGAAGCUCAGGGGCGAGUUAUUUUGACGGAGCGACGGCGGUCAGUCGAGGGAGGGGUGGCAAGAGUGGGAAGGCGGAUUGA